CGGUCAGGCGGGCGGGCGCGCGGGCGCCGAGCGGGCCGGGCCGCCGGGGAUGCCGCUCGGGGCGCCGCGGUCCUCGUGCCACUGAGCGCCGCACGCCGCCGCAGCCAUGACGGUGGAGUUCGAGGAGUGCAUCAAGGACUCGCCGCGCUUCAGGGCGACUCUCGACGAGGUGGAAACAGAUGUGGUUGAGAUCGAGGCCAAGUUGGACAAGCUGGUCAAGCUGUGCAGCGGCAUGAUCGAGGCCGGCAAGGCCUAUGUCACAACCAACAGGCUCUUCGUGAGCGGCGUCCGUGACCUGUCCCAGCAGUGCCAGGGUGACACCGUCAUCUCGGAAUGUCUGCAGAGGUUUGGAGACAGCCUGCAGGAGAUGGUCAACUACCACAUGAUCCUGUUUGACCAGGCCCAGAGGUCCGUUCGGCAGCAGCUCCACAAUUUCAUCAAAGAGGAUGUGCGGAAGUUCAAGGAGACUAAGAAGCAGUUUGACAAAGUGCGAGAGGACAUGGAGCUGUCCCUGGUGAGGAAUGCCCAGGCCCCGCGGCACCGGCCCCAUGAGGUGGAGGAGGCCACUGGCGCCCUGACCCUCACCCGGAAGUGCUUCCGCCACCUGGCACUGGACUACGUGCUCCAGAUCAACGUCCUCCAGGCCAAGAAGAAGUUUGAGAUCUUGGAUUCUAUGCUGACCUUCAUGCAUGCCCAGCACAGCUUUUUCCAGCAGGGCUACAGCCUGCUGCACCAGCUGGACCCCUACAUGAAGAAGCUGGCUGCCGAGCUGGACCAGUUGGUGAUUGACUCAGCAGUGGAAAAGCGUGAGAUGGAACGCAAGCAUGCCGCCAUACAGCAGCGGACGCUGCUGCAGGACUUCUCCUAUGAUGAGCCCAAAGCAGAGUUUGAUGUGGACGCGCCCAGUGGUGUGGUGAUGGAAGGCUACCUCUUCAAGAGGGCCAGCAACGCCUUCAAGACGUGGAACCGGCGCUGGUUCUCCAUCCAGAACAGCCAGCUGGUCUACCAGAAGAAGCUCAAGGAUGUGUUGACUGUGGUGGUGGAUGACCUCCGCCUGUGCUCCGUGAAGCCAUGUGAGGACAUUGAGCGGAGGUUCUGCUUUGAGGUCGUGUCACCCACCAAGAGCUGCAUGCUGCAGGCUGACUCCGAGAAGCUGCGGCAGGCCUGGGUCCACGCCGUGCAGGCCAGCAUCGCCUCAGCCUACCGGGAGAGCCCAGACAGCUGCUAUAGUGAGAGGCUGGACCGCACGGCAUCCCCAUCCACGAGCAGCAUUGACUCAGCCACGGACUCCCGGGAGCGCAGCGUCAAGGGCGAGAGCGUGCUGCAGCGUGUGCAGAAUGUGGCUGGCAACAGCCAGUGCAGCGACUGCGGCCAGCCAGACCCCCGUUGGGCCAGCAUCAAUCUGGGGGUGCUGCUCUGCAUCGAGUGCUCAGGCAUCCACAGGAGCUUAGGUGUCCACUGCUCCAAGGUGCGGUCCCUGACUUUGGACUCAUGGGAGCCAGAGCUGCUGAAGCUGAUGUGCGAGCUUGGAAACAGCACCAUGAACCACAUCUAUGAGGCCCAGUGCGAGGGGCUGGGCAGCAGGAAGCCCACGGCCAGCAGCCCCAGACAGGACAAGGAGGCCUGGAUCAAGGACAAAUAUGUCGAAAAGAAGUUUCUGCGGAAGCCACCCUCAGCACCAGCCCGGGAGGCCCCCCGGCGCUGGCGGGCGCAGAAGUGCCAGCGCCACCACAGCUCUCCCCGCGCCCCCACUGCCCGCCGCAAGAUCCGGCUGGAGCCUAUCUUGCCCUCCGUGGCUGCUCUGUCCUCAGCAGGCACUGUGGAGCGCAGGUUCCGCAGGGAUUCCCUCUUCUGCCCGGAUGAGCUGGACUCCCUCUUCUCCUACUUCGAUGCAGGGGCUGCGGCGGCCGGUCCACGCAGUCUGAGCAGCGACAGCGGCUUAGGGGGCAGCUCGGACGGCAGCUCAGACGUCCUGGCCUUCGGCGUGGGCUCUGUGGUGGACAGUGUCACUGAGGAGGAGGGUGCAGAGUCAGAGGAGUCCAGCGGUGAGGCAGACGGGGAGUCCGAGGCCUGGGGCCUGGCAGAUGUGCGCGAGCUGCACCCUGGGCUCCUAGCACACCGCGCAGCGCGCACAUGUGACCUGCCCGCGCUGGCCGCGGCACUGGCCCACGGGGCCGAGGUCAACUGGGCCGACUCGGAGGACGAGGGCAAGACGCCGUUGGUGCAAGCCGUACUAGGGGGCUCCCUGAUCGUCUGUGAAUUCCUCCUGCAAAAUGGAGCGGACGUGAACCAAAGAGACAGCCAGGGCCGGGCGCCCCUGCACCAUGCCACGCUCCUGGGCCGCACCGGCCAGGUCUGCCUGUUCCUGAAGCGUGGGGCCGACCAGCAUGCCUUGGACCAUGAACAGCAGGACCCACUGAGUAUCGCGGUCCAGGAGGCGAAUGCGGACAUCGUCACACUGCUGCGUCUGGCACGCAUGGCUGAGGAGAUGCGUGAGGCCGAGGCGCCCCCAGGCCAGCCAGGCCCCCUGGCAGGCAGCAGCCCCACAGAACUCCAGUAUCGCAGGUGCAUCCAGGAGUUCAUCAGCCUCCAUCUGGAGGAGAGCUAGGCUGGGGGGCCGGGCACCCGCGGAUGCGGCUGGGGAUCCCCGCCCAGCCCCUCUGCCCUGCCUGGCCACCACAGCCCUGCUUGGACUACCAUGGGCCCGUUUCCCAAGAGCCGCCUGUCAGGUGCUCCUGGAGCCCCUGCUGCCUGUCCACCCUCCUCGGAGCUGCCAGACCCAGGGCCAAGAGAGGGCCUCCAGCACUAUCUUCUCAACCCCACAUUUCCCCUGGGGAUGGCACCUCCCACCCCAUGUCUUCAGGCUACCCCUUCCUUGGGGGGCCUAGGUUGCUCGUGUCACAAACUUCUCUCAAGGUCCCAUGUCACCUCAUGCCCCUCUGUCCCCGGGGCCUGUGUCACUUUGUGCCCCUCUCUGGCCUCAGGGCCUGUGUCACCUCGUGCUCCCACCUUUACUGCCCCAGAACACAGACCUGCUAGUUGGGUCCUUCCUACAUCCCGAGAGCCCCCACUAGGCCCUGGGGCUGGUGGCUGGCCAUCCAGGGAAUCAACCCGUGUACCUCACUUAGUGACCCCAGCAUCCGGGCUGGGCUUCUUGGGUGCUGGUGGGGGGCUCUGGCCUGGGGCCUCAGCCCUGGCUGGACGCAGGCGUCCGAGGCCAUGUGGCUGGCCACACAGGCCCCUGUCUGGGCAGCCCCAGACCUGUCCCUGCCUCCUCCAGAAGUACGUGGCCCAGAGUCGGUGCAUAAAGGACUUUGGCACUUUCUA